GAGGAAGGAAUAUGGUUUCAUCUGACGCUCCUCCCGUUUCGGCGCUGCUUUAGCGGAGUGACUCGAGCAGGAGGUUUGGGGCUCUCACGACCAGCUUCCCCGGUACCGAGCAGCCUGCAGGAGCGCGACCGGCACACCGGGACACAUCAAUGGUGGAGGCCGUGGUGGAGUUCGACUAUGAGGCUCAGCAGGACGAUGAGUUGGGCCUGGCGGUGGGCGACAUCAUCGUGAACAUACGGAGGGACGACGGAGGAUGGUGGGAGGGCGAGCUGGGCGGACGCAGGGGCCUGUUCCCGGAUAACUUUGUCAGGGAGAUCAAGAAAGAGGGGAAGAGGGAUGGAGGACAGGCGAGCAUGAUCAGGUCUGACCUCUCCAACGGGAGAGCCAGCCCCGUGUCGGACGUCAGCGUACGGUCGGGCCGGAAAGUAGAGCAGAUCCGUAAGCGGAGAUGUAAAGCGGCGUUCAGCUACGCGCCUCAGCAUGAAGACGAGCUGGAGCUGAAAAUAGGCGAUGUCGUGGAGAUCAUAUCAGAGGUGGAGGAGGGCUGGUGGGAGGGGUUUCUGAAUGGGAAGUCCGGAAUGUUCCCCUCCAACUUCACCAAAGUUGUCCAGGCGGAGUCGGAGACGUCCUCCCUGGACACCUCGCAGGAGGAGCUGCGCAGCAACCGCACCAGUAAGGACAGCCCGGGCAGUGAGAGCGAUGGAGCCGACAGCCGGUCAGAGACGGGUUCAGGAGAGAUUCAACCCAAGAAGAUCCGAGGGUUCGGCUUCGGCGACAUCUUCAAAGACCAGCCCAUCAGGCUCAGACCGCGCUCCAUGGACGUGGACUCGGAGGGGGACAAGGCCAACGAGGGGAAAGCAGCGAGCGUCGCCACGGAAACCAUGAAGACUGAACCCGACGGCAAAGCCAAAGGCCGGGAGCUGUGUAAAGUCCUCUUUCCCUAUGAGGCACAAAAUGAAGACGAGCUGUCCCUAAAAGAGGGCGAGAUCAUCAACAUCAUCAGCAAGGAGUGUGCCGACGCCGGCUGGUGGAAGGGCGAGGCCGGGGGCCGGCAGGGCGUCUUCCCCGAUAACUUCGUCAAGCUGCUCGACGUCGACAAAGAGAGACCAAAGAAGCCGCCUCCUCCCAGCGCACCGUCGGCGAAACACGGCGCAGAGAGAAAGUCGGAGGUCAAGAAGGUUCCUCCUGAGCGCCCCGAACACCUGCCACAGAGAGACCCGGACCGAGGUGAAGAGGUGAAGCUCGGAGACAUCCCCAAGCCCUCCCUCCCGUCCGCCCUCCCCAAGAAACCCCUCCCCCCAAAGACAAGCAUUUCCUCUUCCUCCUCCCAACCCCCGCGGCGCCCUGAGAGACCGCCCACUCUAGCGUUUGAAAUCCCCAAGUCAGAGGGCGGGGCUUCCACACCAGACUCCGCCCCUGAUGGGUCACAUGACGCCGCCGACGUGGACCUCGACGUCGUGGUGGCGUCCGCGGAGAAGCUGAAUCAUCCGACGGCGUCGCGGCCGAGGGUCACGGACCGCCGGCCUCGCUCCCAGAUCAUCUCGGCGUCCUCCCUGUCCAGUCUGGACCUGGACUCCCCGGCUGCGAUGGACCGGAAGGAGAAGGAGGAGCCGGAGCCCGCCCCCCACCGGCCCGUCGAGGUGUCCCUGAGGAAGGGAGUCCCUUCCGUCUCUGUAGCCGACAGUAAGGCGCCGCUGCCCACCAGGCCCUCCGUCCUGACCCCGCCCAGCGCCGACCACCGGCCCACGUCCCCGUCUUCCUCCUCGGGCCUGAGCCCCUCCCCCGAGCUCAGGCAUUCACCUCUGACCCCCCCGACCCUGGAGGAACUCAGGAACCAGCUGAGGGACCUGAGGUCCUCCGUGGAGCUGCUGACGAACCAGCACAGGCAGGACAUGAAGCACCUGACCAACGCGCUGGAUGACGAGAGGAAGAUUCGUGUUAGUUUACAGAUGGAAGUCGAGCACAUAAAGAAGAGCCUGUCGAAGUGAAGACGGCGGCGUCCCCUCGUCGCCAUCGGAGGCCCAACAUCGAAAGACAUUCUAUCACUGUUGGCCGAGACGCUUCAGCCAAAACAAAGUUUGUGCCAAAUGAUCGUCAGGAUCAAACAUCAGCAACACAGUACCAUGGACUCCCUCCCCCCCCCCCGGCCCCUCCCCCCCCACCACCACACACACACCUCCCCCCUUAUGAUGUCGCCUUAUCCUGCGUUUACUUCUUAUUUUUUCUAAGAGGCUUCUCUCGUUACGUUUACUGCUGUUUCGUCCAAAAAGCUUGCCGUGCCACCGGGGGUACUCUCAUUGGGCGGUGCGUCGCCACGGUUACGGAACGACGACUCAGUGGCGACCUCGCCGGUUUCCUGAUGCGGAGGAGAGUCGACCUUCGUAGCCCGGUUGGUUCAGACGACCUCUGAUGCCGGCCUGUGUCCUCUCUGCGACCUUCACCUCUUGUCUACGAGCGUGUGUGUGUGUGUGCGUGUGUGUGUGUCAGAUGUUUUGUUUUUCUAUCCACGUGGGGACCAAGAGUCAGAUCGGGGACAUCUUUGUAAAUUGAGGUCGUUUCAAAGAUUAUAAGAUGACCGUUAGGAUUUGGGUUGGUCGAAGCCGAUACUUCAUCGUUCACUCUCGGGUUGUAUCGAUUCACACGCUGAGCUCGAUGUUUCCAUGGUACACUGCAGGCGGAGGAUUUUUUGAAACAUCAGCCAUUAACAGUCCUGACCUUUUUUUAAAAAUUCUUCUUGAUAUUAUAAAUUUAUAACUUGCAGUCAAAUAUUCCACCUGUUGGGAGGCUAAAACUAUAAGCACACGAUAAUUCUUCCCCCCUAUCACUUUAAUUAAGUCUCACCAACAUGACAAGUGCUGAUGCUCUUGGUGCUAAUCAAAGGAAUAGUUGGUCAUUUUGGGAGCUUUGCUUGUUUGCUUAUUGAGUUAUUAUGUCUUUACAGAAGCUGGUAAUGCUAAGCUAAGCUCAUCGUCUCCUGACUGUAGCUUCAUAUCGAUCUUCUCGUCUAAUUCGGCACAUUUCCCCAAAAGAUUUGUAACAAUUUUUCUUCCCCCAAAUCCAACCCGUGUGAUAUUUGGCUGCAAAAGAAUGUGAAGAAAAGCACACGUCGCUGCAUGAUAACCCCCUUAUUCGUGACAUCGUGGCGAAGAGCGUUGCCUUCCGGACCAAAACAUUCUCUUUUUACCUCGUUUUAUUGCUUUUUGCACUUUUUUGCACCACGAUUCCAGGAAACCUCAAGAGAGAGAAAACAGCCGCGGCGGGUCGUAACCCCCCCCAAAUAAAAAAAUGAACGAGAUCCACGCGCAGCUGAAGUUUCUGGUGCUCUUUUGGCAGCAGGUUGAAGGGUAAAAGACAGGGCCGGAGGAAUGUAGUCAGUGAAAGGACCUCACAGGUAAAACAAGAUACAAAUGUGUGUGUGUGUUUGUUAGCAUGUAUACGGCCGUUUGCCUCCCUUCCUUAUACAUGUGCACAGAAUCUAUGGCAACCCGUCACUGUGGCCUUCCUGUUCUCGACUCCAAAACUUUCUUUCUGUCUUUCCGUCUCUCUCUUUCUGUCUUUCUUUCUCUCUCUCUUUCUCUCUUUCUGUCUUUCGUUCUUUCGUAUGACGAGGGGAAAAAACUGCGACAACUGAGUCUACAAGUUGUUUUUUUGACUUGGUCCUUUCUCUCCAGGAUAGUGAUAAAUAUAUAUACUUUUAUAUUUCUGUGUAAUAAAGAUACUAUUAUGUACUGUA